CAACACGUGGGGAGGAGAGGUUGACUUUCCACGGGGGACAACGUUUGACAAAACCCACGCUAUUAGUAUCGCUCUCAUCGUGGCGGCACCGAGGAACCUAAAACACUGUGUAGCUGCUAGUGCCCUGAGGAAAUGCCGCUGAGGUUUCGCUCUGUUGUACCCUACACGCUGCCCGGAGUACUCGCGCUGAUCGGUUGGUAUUGGUACAUCUCGCGGAAGAAAGAGCGGCUCAUCACUCACGACAGCCCAGAGGGGGCUCCGACUCCUGUGGGCCUCAGAAGUUCUCCUGCAGAGGGUAGCAAUGGUUUGGUUGAGAAAGGCACUGUAUCAUCCCCCACAAACGACACAGAGCGCCCCGCCCACAGACCUCCGAAGGUGACGAACCAGAGAACAGAACAUGAAAAUAUAUCCCAUAUCCACGUGCCGGACAGUGAAGCAGCACCUUCACCGGAACAACGUUCGGAAGAAGCUGCCCCUCCCCUCGGCAGAACAAGAGGAGAGGAUGUCCAUAAACCCCCAGACGUGGCUGCGCCGUCACCCGGCAAAGACGACAGUUCGCAGGUGUCAUCGAAAGACCAUAAAGCCCCAGAGGAAAGCUCAUCACUUGCUUUGGAAACAGAGCUGGAGAAACACCAGAUCAAAGAUCCAGUCCCUGCUCCAGAAGCCUUGGUAGAAGAGGUCAUCGUGCCCUGCCAGUCUAACAAAGUCUCCAGCUCCUCCCCCGCGACAGCCUACCUUUCUGAUGCAGAGAGGCCUGAGCCGGAGGGAGAAGUUGCAAAGCAUCAUGGUACCAGUAAUACACAAGAUGAGCUGAUUGUUUGUGCAGUUACCCCAGCCAAAGUGCAGAGAGUGAUGCCAUCUGAGGCCGACUCUCUAGAGACGCCCCCUUCGACACAGGAUUUCCACCAACAAAUGACGAGCACCCCGAACACCCCGGGCCCGACCUCCACAGCCUUGACCACAGUCGAAGACUCCACCACCACAACAGCGACCCCGGAGAGCAUCCAGACACAUGGUAGCAGUGGAGAGGAGCAGGAUCUGGAGCUUCUGGCAGCUGGACUCAUAUGUGAGGUCAUCUCAGCGGCCACCCAGGAGGUCCUUGGUGUCACCAGGUGCCAGGUCACAGACAACAGCCAGCCCGCCUGCAGCAGCAGCACGCCACUGGCUAGCAGCAGACUAUGCUCCCAACAGGAAGCAAUCACAGCAGCACAGCAGCACCACCAUCUACUGACCAGCUCCUCUCAGACAAGCUGCGAGUCUAGAGAGGCAACGGAGAAAGAACAGCAAGGAGUGCCUAAUGGAUGCUCCUCUGCUCCAGUAUGGGAGCCCGUUGAGGUCAGUCAAAGGGCACACCAGACAAACAAUGCACAGAGAGGCCAUUGGCCAACGGCGUCGCACGAAGCUGCACCAAGUGUCCCUCUGCUAAACGCUAAACUGAAAGGCGAUGAAGGAGCUGUGCCGGCCGAGGACUCAGCCUGCAGCACGUGCCACUCUGAGGACGGCAUCAGCAGCGAGGACCUCCAGAACAGCAUGUUCGACAACCAAAUGGAUGUGAUCCAAAUAACAGACUUGUCCACAAAAGAAGCCGCGCUGCCUCAGUCGCUGGUCGAGACCGCCGCAGAGGCGACGGUUUCGUCCGUGACUGAAGAAAACUCAGUGGAUUCUGUGUGUGAGAUAAAGGGGCUCAACGGGAUGGGCCUGAGGAACGGAGCUCACGGGACGUUUGAGGAGACGGACCAGUCUGGAGGCUCUGAUGUGAAUAGUAUGGACUCUGUGGACAGCGGCUGCACUAUGGGUGUCGGGGAAAGCCAGAGCAACAACGCUGCCUCCUUGAGCUCUGAGCUCAUCAUCUGGGAGAUUGAGGUGCCAAAGCAUCUUGUCGGGCGGUUAAUCGGGAAACAGGGGAGAUUUGUGAGUUUCCUCAAGCAGAACUCUGGUGCAAAGAUCUACAUCUCCACCCUGCCUUAUACACAGGAGUUCCAGAUCUGUCAUAUAGAGGGUACGCAGCAGCAGGUCGACAAGGCCCUCUCGCUGAUUGGGAAGAAGUUUAAAGACCUGGACUUGACGAACCUGUAUGCACCUCCACCUCCCCCGCUCACAUUGCCGUCGCUUCCCAUGACCUCCUGGCUCCUGCUCCCCAGUGGAGUGACGGUUGAAGUGAUAGUGGUGAACAUCGUGUCGGCCGGUCACAUCUUCGUCCAGCAGCACACCCACCCCACCUACCACGCUCUGCGGAGCCUCGACCAGCAGAUGUUCCUCUGCUACUCCCAGCCGGGCACCCCCGCCCUGCCCUCACCUGCUGAAGUGGGCGUGAUCUGUGCAGCUCCGGCGGUGGAAGGAGCCUGGUGGAGAGCUCAGGUCAUCACCUUCUACAAGGAAACAAACGAAGUGGAGAUUAGAUACGUCGAUUACGGAGGCUACGACAGAGUUAAGAUCGACUCACUACGGCAGAUAAGGUCUGAUUUUGUAACACUACCAUUUCAAGGUGCAGAAGUCCUGCUCGACAACAUUGCUCCACUUCCAGGAGAGGAUCGUUUUUCACCUGAGGCCACGUCGGCGUUGGAGGAGAUGACCAGAGGAGUGGCGCUGCUCGCACAGGUAUCGAACUACGACAACAACACAGGCCUCCCGCUGGUCCACCUGUGGAACAUGGUCGGAGAGGAGGUGAUUUCAGUGAACCGUACUCUGGCGGAGAGAGGCCUGGGAUCCUGGGUGGAUGGAUUCUGAACUCGUAACAUACUCUGACCUCCAAACCUCCACCUGCCCCCCCCUUACUCUCUCUCGUGGUCAGCAGUCUGGGCCCGGGCCCCGGCUGUGGUCCCAGCCCAUCCCGCCCCACCACUGGAUAUAAGAAGAUU